AUGGCACCAUUUCACCUUUUUUUUGACCUUCCGAAAGAGCUGCGAGAUAGGAUCUGGGAUAUGGCGAUCCGAGAUGAUGACGCAGCCGUCCACUUCUUCACCAUCUAUGACAACGAUAGCGAUCCCGAUUCUGUUGUCAACCCAGCCACAAAGGUCCAUGCCACAAGAGAUUCUGAAGAUUCUGACAUUGUGUUCCGCAUCGGCUUCGCAGCCCCCCGGCAUCGGGGAAGUGACCAGCUCUCAUGGACAGAAGAAAAUAUCUCUACUUAUAUGAUAGAUUCGGGCCUGUGGACAGCGUGCCACGAGUCCCGCGAGAGAAUGUUGCGGCAUUUCAGGCCGUCCGAAACUAGUCCACAGGUUUCUAAACGCAUGCAAGUGGACUCGAGAACAGUGGACAGCAUAUGCGAGAAGCCUACAGCCUCAAUCAAUAUGGAGUUCAUCCGCGAUAGCGGUGAACGCCAGUACCUAACUAUACGCCCUUCAAUAGACCUGCUUUGCCUCCAAUUACCUAAGAAUUCCAAUAUCUCAUGGAGUAGUAGCAGAUAUGACUGGGGAUGGAUUGCACACUUCCCAUUGUUUAGGUGGCAUAGCCAUAAACCCUUUUCAUGGUACUCAUCGCCCAUUUUGAAUGUUGCGGUUGAGUAUGACCCAGCAUGGGAGAUCUUUGAUGGCCGAACAGACUAUGGUCCUUUUAUAGAAGUGACUGACGGCUUCAGCAAAGUUGACGAAAUAUAUGGCCUCAAAACUUUCUGGUUUAUUGACUACCGGCUCAAGCGCAAAUACAAAUCCGACAAUAGAGAGCGCCAGACCUUUUGCGCUGGCAAAUUGACCUUCAUUGAAGUCGAUGUAACGGAUCGGGAAUGGUGCUUUUGCCCCGGAGGAGGGUGUUCAGACGGAUGUGUCCACACCUCACAGAAAUUUAUCAGUCACGGUGCGCAUGCUCUGAUAGACAGCGUGGAGUCGUACAACGAGUCGCAGACCAACGGGCCGCCUGGGUAUGAGGAUUCGUUGGACAUUCAUCUGGGGGCUGACAUGAGAGUCCUCGCCUGCGUGGACCUGGAAUCGGAAGGGGAGCUGCCGACAAUGGAGGAAUGGUACGAGAUAUAUGACCCGGAUUGA